CCUGAUCCAGACAGACUCUCUCCAGCUGCGUACUACGCCCAGAGGAUGAUCCAGUACCUGUCGAGGAGGGACAGUAUUCGUCAGCGUUCUCUUCGCUACCAGCAGAACCGCCUUCGGGCGAUGUCAUCUUCCUCCGACAGUCCUGCCAGUAACCCGUCCGGCUCCAUGGACAACAGUGACGCGGACUUUGAGGAGCUGGAUGAUAACGGAGACCGAGCGAGACACAGGACGACCCGUAACGCCAGGAUGUCUGCGCCUUCUCUGGGUCGCUUUGUCCCGCGGCGGUUCCUCCUCCCUGAGUACCUGCCCUACGCUGGGAUCUUCCAUGAGAGAGGGCAGCCUGGCCUGGCAACACACUCGUCUGUCAACAGAGUGCUCGCUGGUGCGUCGAUCGGGGACGGUCAGUCUGCGGUUGCUAGCAACAUCGCUAACACCACCUACCGUCUGCAGUGGUGGGACUUCACCAAGUUUGAUCUGCCGGAGAUCAGCAACGCUUCGGUUAACGUCCUGGUGCCAAACUGUAAAAUCUACAACGACGCCAGUUGCGACAUCUCUGCGGACGGCCAGCUGCUGGCGGUCUUCAUUCCCAGCAGCCAGCGGGGUUUCCCAGACGAGGGCAUCCUGGCCAUCUACUCUCUGGCUCCACACAACCUGGGAGAGAUGCUCUACACCAAGAGAUUCGGUCCCAAUGCUAUCUCCGUUAGCUUGUCUCCGAUGGGAUGCUACGUGAUGGUGGGUCUGGCCUCUCGUAGGAUCCUGCUGCAUCCCACCACCGACCACAUGGUGGCGCAAGUCUUCCGCCUGCAGCAGCCUCACGGAGGAGAGACCUCCAUCAGGAUGGUGUUCAACGUGGUCUAUCCGAUGGCUCCGGACCAGAGGCGCCACGUCAGCAUCAACUCGGCCCGCUGGCUGCCGGACCCGGGGAUGGGUCUGGCUUAUGGGACCAACAAGGGGGACCUGGUCAUCUGCAGACCUGUGUGAGUCCUCUUUAGUCCUCUUUAGUUCUGAUGCAGACCUGUGUGAGUCCUCUUUAGUCCUGAUAUAAAAUCUAUGAAAGAACUACAGAUCAGAGUUCAUAGAAGAGGAACACGGAACCUUCAACAUGUGCAGUCUGCUUGUGUGGAAGAAUGGAUUAGAACCACACCUGAGCAAUGCCUGCGGCUAGUUUCUCCAAACAGGAAGCUGUCAUCACCAACAAAGGCUUCUGUACGAAGUAUUAGAUAUAUUUCAGUGAGCGUGUUCAAUACUGUUCCCUGUGUCAUUCCAUCUUAUUACUCGUAACUUCAUUUAUGAACUCAUUAGUCUGGUGUUCUUUGUAUGUGUGGAUUACUUUGCUUGUUACUGACAUCUAGUGAAGAGUUCAUGUCAACAUCACCUUCAGAAAUAUAUUGACUGAGAACAAUGGUGACGUGUUCAACACUUAUUUUACCC